CUAUGAAGAACAGAAAACAGUGCUUUUCGACCCAACUUUGAAAGUAGAGUUGUUUCUCCAAAAAAUAUUCGCGUCAAAUUUAUUGGACUGUCUUGUUGCGGAAGUGUUCGCUGUUCAAACAGACGCUGUUGAGAACUUUUAGUGGAAGACAACGGAGAGAUGACUUCAUCAGUGGUGACUCUCCUCAUGGGCCUGGUGUCGCUGACCAUUUCACUGGAUAAUGGUUUGCUGAAAACUCCACCGAUGGGAUGGAUGGCCUGGGAGCGGUUUCGCUGUGAUAUAGACUGCAAAGAGGACCCAAAGAACUGCAUUAGCGAGAACUUGUUCAGAGACAUGGCAGACCGGUUGGCGGAGGAUGGCUGGAGAGAACUGGGCUACGAGUAUGUGAUGAUCGAUGACUGCUGGAUGUCUAUGCAGAGAGACGAACAAGGGCGACUCAAGCCAGAUCCUUCAAGGUUUCCAGGAGGAAUUGCUACGUUGGCACGUUAUCUCCAUGAUCGCGGCCUGAAGCUAGGUAUCUACGCAGACAUGGGGUCUGCAACCUGCAUGGGCUACCCUGGGACCACGCUGGAGAGAAUCCAGACCGAUGCUCAGACCUUUGCUAGCUGGGGUGUGGACUACUUGAAGUUUGAUGGAUGCAACUCCAAUGCUGCAGAACAAAUGCUGGGUUACCCUCUGAUGUCCAGGGCAUUGAACGCUACUGGCAGAGCCAUUGCCUACUCCUGCAGUUGGCCUGCUUAUCUAGGCGGGCUUCCACCGAGUGUGAACUAUACUUUACUGGGCCAAAUCUGUAACCUGUGGAGAAAUUACGACGACAUUCAGGACUCCUGGGACAGUGUGGUGGACAUCAUUGACUGGUUUUCCAAAAACCAGGACAUCCUGCAGCCAGCUGCGGGAGCUGGCCAGUGGAAUGACCCUGACAUGCUCAUCAUUGGAAACUUUGGCCUGAGCUUGGACCAGGCUCGCUCUCAGAUGGCCUUGUGGGCAGUCAUGGCUGCCCCACUCAUCAUGUCCAACGACCUCCGAAGCCUAGACAACAGUGUGCGGGCCAUCCUGCAAAACAAAGUUGCCAUUGCAAUCAAUCAGGACCCCAUGGGUGUUCAGGGCAGGCGCUUACUGCAGGAGAAGAGCCAGAUCGAGGUCUACUGGAGACCCUUGGCAGGCUCGGCCAGUGCACUUGUGUUCCUGAGUCGCCGUACAGACAUGCCAUUCCUCUAUCGAACCUCAUUGGGUAAACUCAACUAUGAUGCAGGCGACUAUGAGGCAUAUGAUGUGUUCAGUGGGGCCCUAGUCAAAGGCAUAAACACCACAACUGCGUUGACCAUCUCUGUCAAUCCAUCUGGUGUGGUCAUGUGGUACGUCUAUCCCAAACUGCAGAGGGCACAGCAUCAAUGGACUUCCUCCGCUGCCCAUCACACCGUCUUGUGAGGCUUGAAAGAAAAAAAGGUUAUGAUUGGCUUUUAUGUUAAAUUCCUGGUUUUUGUUUACACACUUGGAACUUGAUCUCAACUGCUAUCAAUUGUUAUGCACACAGAUAUAAACAAAACACUGUAGCUCACGUAAUUUCCUUGGCUAUUAAGGAGUCUGAUUUCAAACAAAUGUUCAAGAUGUGUUCAGAUUUUAGUCCUCUGGACUCUCUGUGGUAAAGGAGGAGUUGCAGUGCAUGCUCCUGUUCUGAAGAUCGCCUACUGUGUGUAAUGUUGUAAAAAUAAUGUUUAUAUUUCUCUGAGGGAAUAAAGUG